AUGCUCUCUCAUCAGAUGGCUCCCACCGCACAUACACAUACCUCCCAACCUACCAGACAGCGACAACGAACAGGAAGAGCAUGUGAGGAGUGCCGGCGACGCAAGCUACGAUGUGAUGCACUGCAACCGCGGUGCGGGGUCUGUGUGGAAGCAGGUAUAACAUGCGAAGUCAAUAGCCAACGGCAGCCGAGGGGCCCGAAGAAGGGCUACUUGAAGGCAUUGAGAAAUCGAGUCAUACUUCACCAGCGUCGUUAUUUAGGAUGGGCCAGAAGCGCCUCAAAGAAGAUAUCUCGUCGAUGUCUGCAGUACGCGGUAUGGACACUGGCCUCCCUCCUGUCCGCGCAAUUUCAACAUCUUCAAGACUCCUUCUACCAGGAAACAAAGCGGUCUUUAGAAUUCUCCUAUCUAUCGGGAGACUCCGAUAAUUUGGUUGACACAGAAGAGAUUCAAGCAUGGAUUUUGAUAGCAACGUAUGAGUCAAUGCGGACUUUCCAUCGCUCUGCGUGGAUGAGUGCCGGACGCGCCUUUCGUCUGGUUCAGUUAAUGCGACUGCAUGAAAUCGACAGUCCUACGAACCCCCCUGUAGCCGAUGCAGACCUGAUCGAGACAGAGGAAAAGCGUCGGGUGUUUUGGAUGGCCUACUUCUUGGAUCACUUAUUGAGCAUGCGCAAUAAUUGGCCGAUCACCUUGAACGAGCAUGUGGUAGGGCUUCGAAUCUGCACCCGUCUUCCAGCUCCAGACAUGGAAUUCCAAAACGGUCAGCCGGUGCUAGGUGCCUUCCUUUCGGAAGCGAUCAUGGACGUUAUGCCGCAGACAACAUCGCCAUUCAACGAAUGCGCCAUUUUGGCUACCAUAUGCGGGCGCAGCCUGUUUCAGGCCCAGCAAUACAGUGUUCGCUUUGUGUAUGGCGACAUGGCUCCCAACUGGACCGAUCAGCACCAAUGGCUGGACAACGUCCUUACCAAUCGGCUUCAGAUUCUUUCCCAACACUACCCCUCGCCAACCCAAGUCUGCGACCCGAUGCUCUCGUUCGCACACAUUAUGGGACAGGCAAGUGUGAUUCAUCUAUACAAGGGCAUGGAAUCGAUUGUGUGGGCAGUCAACGAGGGAGCAUUAGUGUUAGAAUAUCGGCGGCGUGCGCUGAGUGCAGCGCAGGAGAUCGUCAAGCAAGCAAAAGGACUGAUAGAGUUCUACUUCUUCAAGGUACAGGUCCAUCCUCUCAUGCCCAUCCCAUUGUUACUCUGCGUCGAAUUCCUCUACAGUAAUCGAGGGUCAGACGCGGCAUUUAACUCGCUACUUCAAGAGCUUCUACAGAUUUUCCGUCAACUCAAGAAUCCUAACGAUCCAACUCAAAGCUAUAUACAUCUUUUAGAACUUUCAUGUACUAAUGCGUCGAUUGACUUGGUUAAAGAAAACUCCACUUCAUCGUGA